AUGGCCGAGAGUGACACGACUAACAAUUCGCAGAACACCGCGCCCAGCGCGACUAACGACCAUCAGAUCGGACGCAUCAGUAUACGGCCACCGCAAUUUAGCAAGGAAAAGCCGGCGAUAUGGUUCAUCCAAAUGAAGGCGCAGUUCGCCACCAGUGGGAUAACACAGGAUCUUACGAAGUUCUACCACGCCGUGCAAGCGCUUGAUGCGACCGUACUGCACGAGGUAAGCGAUAUCGUAACCAAUCCACCGACGGAUAAUAAAUACGAGACUCUAAAAACACGAAUAUUGACUGAGUUUCAAGAUAGCGAGGAGAAACGCCUUAAAACGCUCCUUAACCAAACCGAGCUCGGCGAUAAGCGACCAUCUCGUCUACUCAAGCACAUGAGAGACCUCGCGGAAAACAAGAUUUCCGAAGAACUACUCAAAUCGUUCUGGUUACAACGCCUUCCCACUAGCACGCAGACGAUACUCUCCAUCAGUCAAGAUCCACUCGACAAGCUAGCGACCAUGGCAGAUCGCGUACACGACAUCGCAUCCCCUAGCAUUUCCAACCUGGACCUAGUCCCCGCGACUUCCACCGCCACCUCACUAGAAAAUCAACUCUGCGAGUUAAUUAAAAGAGUUGAUCGCAUCGAGACUCGGAGACGAGACGCAUCCCCGCGACGCUACCGGAGGAGGUCCACCAGCAGGCCUCACAUCAGGUCAGCUUCACCAAGCGCGAAAAUCUGUUGGUAUCACCAACGUUUUGGUAGGGAGGCCAAGAGAUGCACUACGCCCUGCGACUGGUUGGACAAGACGACCAACCAAAAGGAAAACUAG